GGAGCUCUCUGCCGCACAGCGACUGCCAUGCUGGGAAAGGGGAGGCCUCCGAGCCGGUGGUGUCGGUUCACACGCGUUGAGUCCCGCUGGUGUCGGGGGUUACGCAGCGUAGAACUACAGGACAGGGCCUAGUCUGGAGAUAUCUGACCCUUUCUAUUCCCAGUGCAGGCACAGGCCCCUAAUGCCAUCGUAUUGCUGGAGUUAGACUUGGGUUUGGCUUUCUUGCCUAGUGGCCACACAGCGCAAUUGGUGCCGUUGCUUCUCUAUCUGCUAGCCCCACAAAAUGCUUAAUGCAUCACAGCCUGAUUCCCUGCAGCCUGGCCUGCAGCACAGCCUCCUCAGCAGCUUCAUGCUGCACCAGUGAGCAUGCGCUGCCUUCUUACUUCCAGGGGAAACCCCAGAGCAAACAGAUCUUGGUGCUGGGCCUGGACGGAGCAGGGAAGACCAGCGUUCUCCACUCGCUGGCCACGAACCACGUGAAGCGAAGCACAGCAUCCACGGAGGGCAUCAACGCCGUCUGCAUCAACACAGAGGAGGCCAAGAUGGAGUUCUUAGAAAUCGGCGGCAGGGAAUCGUUGCGGUCCUACUGGAAGAUGUACCUGCCCAGGGUUCUGGUGCUGAUCUAUGUUGUGGAUGCAGCAGACCAUGAGCGCUUCCCUUUGGCUAAAGAGCUGCUCCAUCAGCUGAUCCAGAAUGACUCCACCCUGCCUGUGGUGGUCCUAGCCAAUAAACAGGAUCUCAAGGGGGCAUAUUGCAUCACUGACAUUCACGAUGCCCUGGCACUGUCUGAGAUGGGAGACGAGAGGAAGCUGUUCCUGAUCGGCACCCACGUGGCAGAGGAUGGUGCCGAGAUCUCUUCCAGCAUGAAGGAUGCCAAGGAGCUGAUCGCACAGCUGGUUUCAGAAGCUCAGUGACACUCGUUGUCCUUGGAGCAGCGCUGGGAUACGGUGUCAUUGCUCGCAGCCACCCGUUCCCAGCAAAACACGGGGCGUUGCUGUUCCUAGCGGGUGGCGUUUCUACGGAAAUGUCGGUUUGUUAGGAGCUUCUGGUUUUAGAUAGGGGUUGCGGGUUAAAAUAGCUUGUGGAGUACUUUUAGGGCAGGGGGUGUUUCAGUAAAACCGAGUUAAUGGGAGAUAGAGUUUAGACGUACUGAGGCAGGUAUAAAUCAACCUCCUGAACGUCAGUGGCAUGGCCCUGAUUUAUACCAGUUGUGGAGCUGAGCCUGAAUUUUAGUUUGUUUUUCUGUUUUACAAAUCCCAAUGGCAGUGGUUUCUGCACCCUUCCCCUACCGUGUUGGGAAGGCUCCACGCUACGAUCAAGGGUGUUCUGAAGAGACGAGCAAUUUUGGAUGCCCCAGGUUUGGAGUGUGCACACUGACACCUUUAGGAGGCUGUUUUUCAGAGGGUGGCCAUUUGUCACCCUAUAGAAACGGGGCCUUUUCAAGGUCUCUCAGAUUGGGCACCCAAAAUCACUAAGCCUCUUUGAAAGCCUGAGCUGUCGUUAGUGCGUGAAAGCCAGGAAGUGAAACUGAUGCUAAAGCCACUGUCUGAGGUUUCUUUGCCUCUUGAAGAUCGUUUCAACAGUAUAACUUAAGGGGAUGAAUUUCAGCCUGUCUAGUUAACUUGGUGCAACAGGUGGUAGGGACACCUACUUGGUUUGUGGCUUCUUUUCGUUUAGAUUGAUUCAGCUGGGAAGCAGUUUAAGGGUAACUGAAAUAAGCCAUUUGUAUACCAGAUAGGAUUGGCCAGGCCCCCUUUGCGUUAGUUUAACUAUAUUGGUUUAAGGGACAAAGUUAUUUCAGGGCAAGUUGACCAGUUCUGAGCUAAGUCCAAUGCCAGAAGUAAACAGUAUCAAGGAUGGGAAAUGAAUGACAUUUUCAAAAUCCCUUUGGUUCUUUACAGGUAAGGAACGCACUGGGAUUCUGUUCAUCCUGCCACUGUCUCUUUAGCGAGUGUACCUCCUUAGUAAGAACAUGCUGGAAAUAGCAAGCCAAGGUUUUGUAACAGCAGACACUGCACAAAGGUUUUAUAGCAGCAGCCUUUCCAUUUGCCAGCAAACCAGUUCUAUAAAGCAGAGCAUUUUAGCGUC